AUGGCCCCAGCGUCUCCAGUACCUUCUUCAUCGUCUUCCAAAGUGUAUGAGGGUGCCCCAUUAGAACGCCGUGUGUUUAAUUCAUGGGACGAGUUUGAGACGUAUAUGAACUCGUAUGCACGUCGUAGUUAUCAAAUCUUUCGCAAACGCACGUCUACAUCAGUAAAGCUACGGAAUCGACGCGUAGCUGAACGUCUUUUGUCACGCUCGAAGAAGACGUCACAAUUACUGGAAGAAGAACAUACGAGAGUAGAGAAUCCACAGCUUAUUCCAGAGAGAUACAACAAUUAUUCACUCACACUUGUAUGUACUCAUAGUGGUGCCUUUGUGUCACGUGGGACUGGACGACGUUCCCGUCAGGAUGUACGUGCCACACGCUGCAAUGUGCAGAUAAACGCGUGUCUGAAACUCACGGAUCCCGUGGCAAAUCGCUAUCAAGUACAUGUAACGCGAGCAUUGCUGACUCAUAAUCAUCGAGUGGAUAAGGAGACGUUCCUGCAGUAUAGUAACACGAGACUCAAGCUCUCGAGUGAGCUACUGAGCUGUGUCGAGCUCAUGAGAAAGACAGGUGUUAAACCCAAGGACGUGCAUAGCUAUAUAAUGAAACACUCGAGUUGUGCACCAACACUCAAGGACGUGCAGAAUAUCUUGCAUCGAUUGCGGAAUCAGGAGGAGACAGCAUCAGCUGCUGGUGCUCCAGCGACGACGAACGCUCGGCUGGAACAGACACACGUCAUUGACGAGUCCACUGGCAAUGCUGUUCUAAAGCUGACUACAGAGGAUCAAGUUCUACGUGACUUUCGUCUCGCUCACUCGGUGCCAUUGGAUGGUGAGUUACUUGAUCUGGUGGACCCUACGACGCAGUUCAAGGUGUCGCGUGCGGUGGGGAAUGCCGUCGCAACUUUGCUGGCCGAAAUGUCAGCGACCGAGUUUGCGGCCGCCUUCCGUGUCAUGGACGUGGCUAUGAACAUUGUACGGGAUCGUCGAGAUGAAAAACAAGCGGAAAAUGGGGCAGUAGUCAGCAAAGAAGGUAAAGGGGGAGCAAUGAUGUGCGUCGAUUCGUGUGGUAGUGGCGUGAGCGUUGAUGAUUCAUGGACUCGAGGGAUUUAG